GGAGAAGCCCCUCCACCUAACACCAAACCCAGACCGGCGGGGUGGGGGGGGAGAUGUCUUCUGUCUCUCCCACCACCGCGAUUCCCAGCGUGGUGGCGACGAUCAAGCAAGAAAACGUCCUGGAAAUGUUCUGCGGCGGGACGACCGAGAAGGUAACCUCGGGCGGUUCGGCUCCCACGUCUGCACCGCCUUCUCGUCUUGCAGCGGCGGUGGCAGCAGCUCCUUUUGCUAGGAAGGAAAAAGCCAGGGAAGAGGAGGACGAGGAGGAGGAGGAGGAAGCAGCAGCAGCAGCAGCCGGUAGGGUUGCGGGUCAAGUUCUACUCCACUCGGAACUUUUGGUGCGGAAUCCCGCCGCGUCUCCCUUGUCCUCGCCUUCGCCUCGGUCCUCGUCGUCGUCGUCUUCUUCCUCGCCCCAGGCUCUGCUCGCUUUCUCCCCGGACCACGUCGCUUGCGUCUGCGAGGCUUUGCAGCAAGGCGGGAACCUAGACCGCCUGGCCCGGUUCUUGUGGUCCCUGCCCCAGAGCGACCUGCUACGUGGCAACGAGAGCCUGCUGAAAGCCCGGGCGUUGGUGGCUUUCCACCAGGGACUCUACGCCGAGCUCUACGGGAUUUUGGAAAGCCAUAGCUUCGACGCCGCCAACCACCCUCUCCUGCAGGAACUCUGGUACAAGGCGCGCUACACCGAGGCGGAGAGGGCCCGCGGCCGACCCCUGGGCGCCGUCGACAAGUACCGCCUGCGCAGGAAGUUCCCGCUGCCCCGCACCAUCUGGGACGGCGAGGAGACGGUCUACUGUUUUAAGGAGAAAUCGCGCAAUGCCCUCAAGGAGCUCUACAAGCAGAACCGCUACCCUUCCCCGGCCGAGAAGCGCAACUUGGCCAAGAUCACCGGCCUCUCCCUCACGCAGGUCAGCAACUGGUUCAAAAACCGGCGGCAACGGGAUCGCAACCCCGCGGAGCCGCAGUCCAAAAGUGAGUCGGAUGGUAAUCCCAGCACAGAAGAUGAAUCCAGCAAAGGGCAAGAGGACUUGUCUCCACGUUCCCUUGCGAGCACCUCUGAUGGUGGCACCAGCUUAAGCCUUCCUAGCCCAAUGGAGCAAGUAUAUAUGCAGCAACUUGGAAACUCCAAAAUAUCCUUAAGCUCUUCAGGAGUUUUACUGAAUGGGAACCUAAUGCCUCCCAAUCCAUCUGUUUUUCUUAAUGGUACUUCUUUCAUUCAGGGCCCCAAUGGUCUCCUUCUCAAUGGUCUCGGUGUGGGAUCUUCUCAGGCAGUAUCAUCAAGUCCACUCAAAACAUCACCCCAUGCUUUGAGCAAUGGAGUCUCCAUGGGUGAUAUGUUAGUCCCUUCCUCAGAAGAUGUGAAAGACUUCAAACUCCUCCAGACUUCUCUGUCCAAUUCCAUUGCGCCAUCAACACCCACAACAACAUACAGCCCCAAUUCUGGGCCUGUGUCUUUCCCAGGCUUGACACCAAGCAUGGAAGUAAAGAGGGAAGAAAGUGAAGAAGCAAUAGCAUCGCAAGACAGUGGCUCAGUAGUCACUUUUACCACUCCAAUCCAAAUCAACCAAUAUGGCGUUGUCCAAAUCCCUAAUUCAACAAACAGUGGCCAGUUACUUAAUGGAGGCCUCAGUUUUUCUCCGAUGCAGCUGCCCUCAGUAUCAGCAGCAACUUCCCGAGGUAGUCUUUCCAUUAACCAAGGCACAUCAAGCAAUGGCACAUUUACUACUGACUCUACGACCGCUGCCGCACAACAAGGGAAAGUGUUUUUUAGCUCCCUUGCUCCCAGCACUGUGGUGUACACCAUCCCAAACACCAGCCAGGCAGUUGAGCCGGUGAAACAGGAAGGACUGGAAACAAGCCUGGUGUUUUCUCAAGUCAUGCCCCUUGGUCAAAAUGCCCAACUUCAUGCUAGUCUACCUUCAGACAACUUACCCAAUGGGGUCAUGCAGCCAGGAGGAGCCUCUUCCUCCUUAGUUAACGUGACUAUAUCACAUAACUUUUCCCUUGGACCACCUUCUCUUUUAAAUGCAGAGGAACUCAACUCGGCCAUUUCUGAGAGCCCACCAAUGCAACCCCCCACAACAAGUGGGCCGACUGUUGUUUCCAUUAGUAAUGCAAACUAUGCAGCACUUCAGAACUGCUCCCUUAUCAGCAGCCAUGACCUGGUGUCCAUUUCUCCAGUGCAGCCGGCACUAACAGGGAUUGGUGGGGUAGCAAGCAAUGACAUUGGAUCCCACUCCUCUUUGCAAGGACAUCCUCACUUCACUCGAGAACAGCGGCUGAUCCUGCAGUCGAUUCCCACUCUAAAGGAAAACUUUUUAUCCGAUUCAGAAAACAGAUCAGGAAGCAGUUCGGUGAUGCUGGAUUCCAAAACCAAAUAUGUUACUAGCAAUAUAGUUGAUGCAAUCUGUGAAGAACUGGGGACAGACAAGAAACAGCUGGCUAAACUCCAGACAGUACAGAUGGAAGAAGAUAUGCAAGACUUGUAAAAAAAAAAAAAAAACCUUACGAUUAAUAAUCUUGUAUUUGCAUUUCAGUAGAAAAAUCUCUUCCUUUGAAGGCUAGAAGCACAGCAGUGGGUUUUUUCCCCCUCUAGGCACAAAGAAAAAUAAAAAAUGCACAGUUGAAGAAGAAACCAGUUUACUAAAAGGAGGUCUUCACUAAGAAUACAGAAUUGCCAUGCAAUGUUUGCAUGAAUGCUCACUUUUGUUAAGCCUGAUCAAAAGGAAUUGUACAUGGCUGGAAGGGAAAUGCCAGUCAAAUAUGAGAUGGUUUGGCUUACCCAAGUAGCUUCUUUGGACAGGGAGAGCAUCAAGGUAAUUUCAGAAUGUUUAUUAACCGAUAGCUAUCGGUUAGGAGCAAGAUUAUCUUUUUAAAAAUACUGGAACUAAAAGAGAAAAUACAUAUUGUUUUUUUUUGGGUCUAGAUUCAAUUUUACUUAUAGAUAGACGGUGGGCGUUAAGAAAGUGGUAUUUCAGUUUUCAACUUUAAAGGAGUACUUUAGAUAAUACCUCACAAGCUACUGUUACCUUCUUUUGCAAGCACAAUUGCAAAUACUCUCUUUGGGGUGUGUGUGUGUGUGUGUGUUGUUAAAAGUUUUCCAUCAGAAUAUCAAUGUUCUGCACUCUCAAUUUUUAUAGUUUUGGAAAAGGUGCAAGUUUUCUUUGUCUUGUUUGAAUCGGUGGGGGAAGGGAAGAAAACAUUUUGCCACUUGAAAUUAUGCAACCUAGAAUCCUUCGCUCUGCCACCUAUGUAAAUAUUAUUUUAAUUGUGCUAAUGAGAAUUGUUUUUAUUAGUAGGAUGAUUCUAUUUAUAAUCAUUGGUGUCCAUUUUAUCAUUUUGAGAUAUGAUGAGCAGUUUAAUUUAUUUUUUUCUUUCUGUAUUUUUGAACAGGAAAU